AUGUUUGAACAACACGGAUGUAGAAAUAUUACAUCUCCAAAUUUGCUGCAUGUCAAAAGCCUUCUUGUAUUUCCAGCUGAAACCAAUUUGUUAGAUAUUUUCGGAGAGAACAUCAUUUUAGAUAAAGAAGUUGCGCGAUUAGGAGCAGUUGAAUCCAAUGCUUUUUUGUCCUGGCGGAUGGCAAUUGUAACAUGUUACUUCAUGUCCCUCAAACGUGAUCAUAUAUCUCCGUAUUUCCCUUACAUCAGUGAUGCUGGUUCAACCGUCCCGGAAAGUUGUAUAUUUGGCCAGUUGUUAAAUAUGGCUUCACUAAUUGGAGGUUUAUGUUUCUAUUCAUGGCACAAAUAUAUAUUGGAUUGCAGUCAGAAAUAUGAUCGGCGAUGUUAUCGUCAGACGAAAAUAGCUAGAAUCGCUUUAUGUUUUGGCUUCAUAUCAGCAUUUGGAAUGAGUUUAGUAGCUAAUUUUCAAGAAACAGCUGUUUGGUCUGUACAUAUUAUUGGUGCAGCAUUGGCUUUUGGUGGUGGUUCGAUAUAUUCACUGUGUGUCACGUAUAUAACAUAUAAAUAUCUUCGUUCUGGUCGUAUUUGGAUUACACGUUUCAUAUUAUCACUUCUUACAAUUGCAUCAUUCAUCAUACACCCGAUCACUGGACUAAUUGCUCGUCUGAUGUAUGAUGGAGAUAAUAUUAGAAAAUGGAAACCGGUUGACAGAGGUUAUGAAUAUCAUGUUGCAAGUGGGACUGCAGAAUGGAUAACAGCUUUGUCAUUUAUGUGCUUUGUUUUAUCUCUAGCAUGGGAGUUGAAGGACUGCAAACUACACACUGUUAAGAUCGGUCCUCGAUGGAACAAUGCUCAUUACGAUGAGGAUAUUCUUUCCUAGAAUCAAUCAAUCAAACAUGAGGAAGAAAGACAGUCAUCAGCUAUGGCCCCAGUCACUUCUAUCACAUUAUGAAAACUUAAUCAUCAUGUUUUUUUUCUUUCUCCCCUAUUGUCUAUAAUAUUAUUAACUGGCGUUUGAUUUAUCAUCGUUAUUUCUUCUCGCUCUUUUUUUUAUUUAUUCAACUCAGAUAAAUCACAGCACAAUGAAGCAAUGAUUUCCAGUAAUCCCAUGUGUUUUUUACUUUUUCCACUUUUUUUUUUUAAUUUCCUCAAGUCA